AUGGCGGACGUUAAACAGGAAGAAGGCAUUUCAGCCGCCAUACUACAGCCUGUUCGGGCUAUUACCUCGAAGGUUGCGCAACGUUCAUAUAUAAAUCUACUACUCUUCACAUGCGCCUCAUUUGCUCUAUUUGGCAUAUCCACGAUAUCAUACUGGAUAUUCUACUACAAUUUUGUCCCCCAAAUCAGCCUCGAGCGCCAAGUUCAUCUCCAAUAUGACGAGGGCUCUCCAUACGGUACCGCGGCUAUAGGAUCACAGUUGAUUCCUCUCCAAAAAUACGACGUCAAGGUCAUUUUGCAGCUCCCGUCUACGCCUGGCAAUCGCGCUGCAGGGAAUUUUAUGCUAGAUCUUGCCUUCCUUGAGGAACCUGAUGAUUUAUCUGGCUCCACCGCAAACGUGUCUGGGAAUGUCCUGCUGCGGUCGCGCCGCCCGGCCAUGUUGACCUACACGUCUCCUAUGGUAGACACGGCCCGUCAGUUAUGGAGGCUUCCACUCUACAUCCUAGGGCUAAAACGGGAGGCAGAAGAGCUCAAGAUUGGGUUGAUGGAGCGAGUGCAGUUUCCGCGAGGGAAAGGAAAAGUGCCGAAGGGUCUCAGGCUAAGGAUCCAAAGCCACGAGCGUAUUCAAGUAUAUAAAGCGAGUGUGAGGAUAGAUGCAAGAUUUACUGGUUUAAGGUGGAUCAUGUACAACUGGAGGACGCUCUCUUUCCUCACAUUUGGUUCUAUGUUCUGGAUGUUCUCUAUGACAAUCGCUACUGGUGUUUGGGUUCUACUAUCUUCUCGGUCCACGGGGGAGAAGGAGAAGGACAUAAAGAAAGAGGAGGAUCUUGACACCGAUGAUGAGCCACAAGGGUCUUUGGAGGAAUCCGCAGCCGCACAAAUGCACGCUGCCGUGAGGUCUUCGCCGGAAAUUAAGGUCGAGGAAGAGGAUGAGCCCUCGGCAUACGGUUCAAACGAAGAUGAGGGAGCUGAGGAAAGCUCAGGCAAGUGA